AUGUCAGAAAUCAACCCCAAGAAGCGUAAAAUCGAGGAAAAUGAACCCGAGAAGGAGGAGGAUAAGACUGCGGAAAGUAUCAAAGCAGCAGUUGCCAAGGUGACUCCGGUGGCUCCGGUGGCUCCGGUAGCUCCGGUGGCUCCGGUGGCUCCUCCAAACUACUCACAGUGGAAGAAAAAGCUCGAGACCAGCUUGAAAACUAACCAAAGAGAUGAAAUCGUUCAAACCUUUGAAGAAUAUCUUGCAAUUUUUAAGAAUGACGGCAAAAUCUGGUCACAGUAUAUCGAUUAUGAGAUGACUCAUCCCGUGGAGCCUCUGAAGCUAGAUAAGAAGAAGAUCGAAGCCCUUUUCUCGAAGUGUCUUACCAAAAUAUACGAUGUCGACUUAUGGCGAUUAUAUUUGAGCUACGUUGAGAAAAUCAACUCCUCUACAACAGACGGUACAACCAGUGAACUGGAUCGAUCCGUUGUGUUAAAAGCUCUCAAUUUUGCUGCUGAUAAUGUUGGAAUAGACUAUUUGAACUCACAAAGACUCUGGAGUGAUUAUGUUAAGUAUCUCAAUCAAUGGCAGCCUUCCAAUGACAACGAGGCGGAGACUCGCAUUUCCUUGACUCGUCAGGUGAUGACUAAGAUGAUUCAGGUUCCUUCUCUACGAUUAGAGGACAAUUGGAAGAUGUAUAUUAGCUUUGAAAAUGAAACAGACCAGGCCAAAGGACGUAAAAACAUCAACGACAGAUCUCCCGAGUUUAUGAAACUUAGACCAUUGAGCCAGGAGCUUUAUGUUAUUACCAAACCAUUGAAAGAAGCCACUACUAGGCGUCACAGUAAGCGGCAAUUAGACUAUUUUUCACGCUGGCUUCGUUGGGAAGCCGCAAACAAGCUGGGAUUGGACGAUGAAAAGCUCAAACAGCGUAUUAAUUAUGCGUAUCGAUUGCCUACUCAAUAUUUGCGCUUUCAACCAGAAGUGUGGUACAAUUAUGCCUCAUAUCUCUUCAAUGAGAAGAAAAAUGACGAAGCUGUGGAGAUUAUCAAGGAUGGACUUCUAUUGAACCCAGAAAGUCUGACUCUUACCUAUCAGUUGGCCAAUUAUUAUGAAAGCAUGUCUAAUUUGGCCGAAUCCCGUCAAACUUGGUUGAAUUUGAUUGAUUGUCUAACUGUAAAUUCAGGAAAAGCUGCAAAAUCCAAGUCCUCGGACUAUCACCGCGCCGUUUCUACAUGCUACUCGUUACUUAUGAGGCAAAUGAAACGGAUGGGUACCCUUAAAGAUGUUCGAUCGGUCUUUUCCAUGGCCAGAAAGUUUAAAGGAGUUAUUUGGCAGGUAUUUGUCGACUACGCAUUGAUAGAAUACCAAGCCAAUGACGUUCGUGUGGCCGUUAGAUCAUUUGAGUUGGCUAUGAGAUACUUUGGUCACGAGUACGACUUUAUUUCUGCAUACAUGGACUUUCUUAUCAGCAUCAAAGAUAUGACCAACUGUAAGAAGUUGAUUGAAAUUGCUCUGCAAAACUUCCAAGGUGACUCUCCAUCUUUAUACAAAUUAUUUAAGCGAUACUUGAAGAUAGAACUUGGGUUUGGAGACACAAAUUCCAUCAAAGCCCUUGAAACACGGUUUAUCCAACAAUUCCCUGACACUACGCCUUUUGAUUUAGGACUUAUAGGUUUCCAAAGUGACUUUGACUCUUUUAAUGCUGCCAAAAUGACUGACCAAUACUCAGAGCCUUCCGAACUAACCAAAAAGACAAAACAGAAAAAGGGUAAGAAAGAUUCGAUGGAUGUCAUAGACGUAGAUGAGGAUAUGGAUGCAGAUGCAGAUGCAGACGAGGAUGGAAUGACCGACAACGGCAUCAACGGAAUUAACGGUGUUGACAGCAUCAGCGGCAUUGACAGCUCUCUCGGGUCCUCUCUUCCUGACGCUACGAAACCAAAGAAAAAACCAUUUAUCGUUAGAGACGAGAUGUACAACCUCCUCCGAGUGCUCCCUAAAGCUGAGUACUACGAAGACAAACCACAGUUGUUUGACCCAAAGAAAACCGUUGACUUCUUCACUAAUCUAAAGAUAUAG